UAAUUGCAUUGGCAAGGUCUGUUGACACUGAUGAAUGCCUUACUUGAUUUUUCACUUAUCACUUGAAUCCUAAAGGGAUAGUAAAAUCAGAAUAUUGCCAUGUGGGCAACAAGGAGUAUAUGGCCAGAUCAAAUGAUCUUAGGCAUCCUUUUAUUGCUUUGCCUGCAACUUUCAUAUUCACAUGCAGAAUUGCUUCAAAAUGAACAUUUUUUUUCAUACAUAUGUGCAAAGAUCAAUCCAAAUAUACAUGAAUUUGUGUGUAUAUUUCUGGAGAGAGAAUCAAGUGAGGAUAUUGUUCAUCAGUGAGUAUCGGCUCCUUCAGUAGAUAUAUAGCGAGAUAUUUCUGCUUAGUGAUUUAAUGCUCUUUCACAACUUGUUUAUCUAUGUAUAGUAAGAUAGGGUUUCAUAAUCAUGUACUGAAUUUGCUGCUUUUCUUAUAAUUGUUGUUGAUUUUUUUUCCCAGUCUGUAUGUGUUGUAUUUUGCUUUCACUUUUUUUUUUUUUUGACUGAUUCUUUUGCGUCUUUCUGAUACAGAAGAACAAAUGGGAUUUCUUUUUGUUUCUUGUUCUAGAAGUUUUUGCAAUGAUAGUAACUGGUGCAGUGGCUCUUACAAGAGUUUUGACUGAUCCAAUGGCUCCUUCAUCUUUUGGAGCAUGGUUGAACCAUGCUGGUAGUCAGCAUCUUGGUGCUAUAUCAUUUGUCAUUUCUGAUUUUUUCCUCUUCUCUGGUGUGGCCGUCUUAACUGUUGUACAAGCUUCUCAGAUAUCUCGGAAUAUUACAACCAAUGAAAUGGCAAAUGUUAUGCGCUAUAGCUACCUUAAAGGACCAGGAGGCCGGUUCAGGAACCCAUAUGACCAUGGGUUGAAGAAGAAUUGUUCGGAUUUCUUGAUAAAUGGUUACAAUGAAGAUGUGGAGUACAACGAAGAAUCAGCUCAAACUGAAGGGAUUGGAAUGGUGCAUAUGUCUAGGAAUUCAAAUCUGCAAAAUGGGGUUGGUCAUUCUCAUCAAACCAAUGGAAAUGGCCAUGUAGCUAUUAAUGUGGAUAAGAACGCACAAACCCAUUAUGGUCACAUCCAUUCUUCUCAUUGUAGCCAUGGUAACAGCGGCAAAACCGAUUCUGUUCCUUUAGGGUUGGGUCUUGGCCUUGGACGAAACAGUGCUCGUUCCGUGAUAGCUUCAUGA